ACCUGGACAACGGAGCACCAAACGAUCGCCGGACGGUGGUGAGCAACGUGGUUGCGGCUCCUUCCGUCGCUCCUCCCGUCAGAGAGAUCAACAGUCAGGACUCGACUGUCCUGUCGACGCGACGCACGCGCGCGCCUCGAUACACAUCCGGGCCUCGCACCGAGAUCGCCAGUGUGGUCCCACAGCGAUCGCUCAUCCGGAUUGGACCUCUCUUCACAAGAUCGAUUGCCGCCGUUUGGCGCCCGAUCGGAGCACGAGGACAGAACGAGCUCUAGUCAGCAAGAAGAGAGAGAGAGAGACAGAGAGAGAGAGAGAGAAAGAGAGAGAAAGAGAGAGAGAGCUGUCUCUCUGAGAAAACGGGAGGCUGUCUGGUGCGGUGUGUGACACAAAAACAAAAAAAAGGGACACGCGUCGUGCAUCGCCGGAGCGGGAACGAUCGGAACCGUUAUCCGAGCACGUGGUUGCGGUACCACGAGGUGCAAGAAACGAGGAGGCUUCCGGUGGAUCCUGGAUGUACUAUCGUUGAGGAACGAUCCGGCACGGGUCGGCGGAAUGUUCGUGCGGACGUUCCGGUGUCUAGUAUCCUCGUAAGGGCCGACGUCUUUCGCGCGCGUGGAAAGGGCCCCGCGAAAGAGGGAGAGUGAUCACGAAGUGUGAGGCCAGUGUGUUGUUGCAAAAAACAAGUGUUCCCUCAGCAUCCAGCCGCCCUUUCUCUCGCCACCCCUUCCGCCCCCGGUAUAUAAUCUGACUUUCUCCCUUUCCCUUUUUUCUGCUCCCUUUCCUUUCACGCCUCUUUCUACCUCGCUCGCGGAUUGCCUUAUGAGCAGAGCAAAGGUGGAAAAGUGUCGCGAAGCCAACGCAAGUGCGGGAACCGCUGUCACCCUCGGCUUCAAGGUCGUGGCAUGACGUAUAAGAUUACCCCAAGCGGAGAGCAGGAGCAAGGCCGAGUGAUAGAGGCAGUGUGAUGAGCGGAUACCUCGGUAGCAUCACCCUGCCCCCGACGUUGCUGCACGACCCGAAGUAUCCUCCAGCCAUGCGGGAGAAAGAUUCGAGCCCGAGAAAGAUGCCGGGCCACAUAAGCCCAAAGCAAGCCAGCAUCUAUCCUUUGAGCGUCCGCGUGCCGGACGCGGAGGAGCUGCCGUACGAUCUCAGCCACGGUCACGGCCGCGGCCUGUCGAGCCCGACGAAUCAGCAACAGCAGCAGCCGCAUAUGAGCCCCGCGGCCAGACCGCCCCAGUCGCAUCACCAGGACGAGCUCGACUGCGAGCCGCUCGAUCUCCGUGUCGAUCACAAGAAGGAGCGGCUCAGGGAUGAGAACCAGAACGAGAUCGAGGUGUUGAAUCAGAACAGCCUGGGCGGUGGUCUGCCCUAUCACACGGUGCUCUUCCCGCAGCAUCACGCGAUGCACCCGCUGGUGCUGGAAGCGAUGUACAGAUCGCACCAUCACAGCUCGCCAGUGCCCGAUCUGCCAAAGAUCCAAGUCAGAGCGCUUCCCACGAUGGUGCCGCUACCGCCCAACAGAUUCUCCUCGACCUCGUCGUCCACAUCCUCCUCAUCCUCGUCGCAGCCAACCGUGAGAGCUGUCAGUCCGGCCGUUGGUCAGCAAUCCCAGCAUCAACCGAAUCAUCCCUCGCAGCAGCAGCAGCAGCAGCAGCAACAGCAGCAGCAACAGCAGCAGCAACAACAACCGCAACAACAAAGCUCGAGUCUCCCGCCCUAUUCGAUCAGCAUGCAAGCCGGUCUCAAGCCCAAGGACAGAUACUCGUGCAAAUUCUGCGGCAAGGUAUUCCCUAGAUCGGCGAACCUGACGAGACACCUGAGGACGCACACCGGCGAGCAACCGUAUAAGUGCAAGUACUGCGAGAGGAGCUUCAGCAUCUCCAGCAAUCUUCAGCGUCACGUCAGGAACAUCCACAACAAGGAGAAGCCGUUUAAGUGUCCGCUUUGCGAGAGAUGCUUCGGCCAGCAAACCAAUCUGGAUCGUCAUCUGAAGAAGCACGACGCGGACGGGCCGACGAUACUAGACGAGGUCAGAUCGAGAUAUCACGGUCAGCUUCCGCGAGCCGACGAUUCCUAUUUCGAGGAGAUUCGCAGUUUCAUGGGGAAGAUCACCUCGCAACGACAGGGCAUACCGUACUUCCCCGGUCUGCUCGGUCACGCAACCGAUGACUUCAGAAACGACAAGCAGCAGCUGGAGGAAAAGCGUGGCGACUCGUCGUACUUCAGCGACCGGGACAACCUCAGUUCAAGGUCGAGCAGUACGGCCAGCAGGCCGGAGAGCGUCCAGGAGGAACAGAGGGAAGUGAACUCGCCACCACUGUCUCCCGGCAACAACACCUGAGUCCUGGAGCGCGAACAUCUGCAUGGUAAUCCAGUUAAGAAAGGUGUGCGUCGGUUCAACAGAACCCGAUGCAGUUGGAGAACAAGAGAAAAUUCGAUAUUUCGAACCGUCGGAAUUUGGACUGGCGAAAGACUUGAGAAACUUGCAACAAAAUUCUAUGACGAUUUCCGCUACGAAGAACUGUUCACAGUGAUUCUAAUUAAUUUAAAAUUACUGUAUGGGAUAAAUUAUUUCUCGUGGAAGCCGAAACGUAAAGUUAAACCGGCGGGGCCUGUGAAGAGAAAGAAAGUGAUCUAUAUUCAUAAAGAUAAAUCCUAAAGAUUUGUGACGAAUCCCUUGCUCGAGAUAGCGGGCAGCAGUCGAAUCAGUUUCUCAGUCUAGGUUUUAAUAAUUGCGGACUUUGAAACGAAUUCGCGGAACGUUACAGCUGAAAUAUUAAUACGUAGACUCAAUUCGCUAUGAGAGGAAAAUUAAAACGUGGUGCCUUGAAGAAACAUGUGCCUAACUAGGACGUAUCGUCCUUCGAUCCUGAAGAAUACGUUCCAACCGGAUCAAUAUAAAGAGCCUUAAUAAUAAAGUUAGAUAAACAAUUAACUUACACUAGAUAUCGUACAAUAUUAGAAUCUUAGACUUAAACGCGUGCUUGAGUGAGCCGGAAAGUCAUAGAAAAAUAGGCGGAGUUGAUCGUAAUCGAUAGACCGAUUUGCGAAGAUGGAAAAGAUGAAGUCUAUAUAGACUAUAGUCUAUAUAUGAUAUAGACAGUUACUUUAUAAGAGAAGAUACAAAUAUAUCUCUUACGUUUUGACGAUGUUUAAUUUUAUUCAUUUCUACAUUUCUAAUUUUAUCGGAAUUACAAUUCUGCGUGGCACAACUUGAAGCUAGAUUAUUACACGUG